UGUCUAUCACGGUUUAAUUAGUCAACAAAGGAGGGUGGGAGAGGAGGAGAGGAGGGCUGGCUGCUCCGAUGGUAACCUCCCACCCACCUAGAUUUGUCCAACCAGAGCCACGUAUGCAAAUAGAAGCAGCGCCGCACCGUCCCUGCCCAAUCAGUGACGUCAUUCGCACAUAUCCCCCAGUAGUGCUGUCUGGUUGCAGCAAGUCAGACAGAAAACAGAAAAGAGCUGAGUGAGCCGGGGAGGGGCCCUUUGAAGGAAUAGGCUAUUGCCACCACCGGCAUUUCAACAACUCCGUAGGCUACUUCGGAAUACGCAUACGGUCCGUCCACAGAAUUUUCGGAGCUGGGCGUACCGAUCGUCCGCCAAGGUCGGACUGCACUGAUUUUUAACUGCCAGGAGAGGAGAAGCACUGAUUUGCACCAGUAGUUGAAACCGGUGUCCCCUCUCUCCCUGCUCGAUCCUGCCCUCCUUCAGUAGUUUUUCCCCCUUUGUCUGAUCUUCCUGAUCCCAGAGACUGCAAGAUCACAAAGAUGCCUAGUUCGCUAUUCGCCGACAUGGAAAGGAAUGGGAGUAACCAAGGGGACGCCUUGGACGACCAAAGAGCUCUACAGAUAGCACUGGACCAGCUUUCGUUGCUCGGGUUGGACAACGACGAAAAUUCAAUGUAUGACAAUGAGCCGAGGAAAAAGAGCGUCAACAUGACCGAAUGUGUCCCAGUUCCGAGUUCGGAGCACGUAGCCGAGAUCGUCGGCAGACAAGGCUGCAAAAUUAAAGCCCUGCGAGCAAAGACGAACACCUACAUCAAGACUCCGGUGCGCGGGGAGGAACCGGUCUUUGUUGUGACAGGCAGACGAGAGGAUGUAGCAAUGGCUAGAAGAGAGAUCAUCUCUGCAGCAGAACACUUCUCCAUGAUCCGAGCCUCCAGGAACAAAAACAGCAGCAUGAAUGGGAGUGGCACUGUCCCCGGCCCCCCCAACCUCCCUGGUCAGACCACCAUCCAGGUGCGGGUCCCCUACCGGGUUGUGGGGCUGGUGGUGGGACCCAAGGGGGCCACCAUCAAGCGCAUCCAGCAACAGACACACACCUACAUCGUCACGCCCAGCCGAGACAAAGAGCCAGUCUUUGAGGUCACCGGCAUGCCAGAGAACGUGGACAGGGCGCGAGAAGAGAUUGAAGCACACAUCGCCAUGCGCACCGGUGGCCUCAUUGAGCUGACCGACGAGAAUGACUUCCACGCCAAUGGCACAGACGUCGGGUUCGACCUGCACGGCCACAGCCUGUGGAGCAAGCCCAGCUCCACCAGCAACAUGACCCCCAGCUCCGCCCGCAAGCCUUUCUCCAACUACCGCAAUGACAGCUCCAGCUCCCUGGGCAGCGCCUCCACGGACUCCUACUUUGGGAACAACAGCAGCUCGCGCAUGGCCGACUACAGCCCGCCGAGCCCCGCCUUGAGCUACACCGCCUCCAACAAUGGCAACAACAACAACAACAACAUCAACGUGAAUGUGAACGCCAACGGGAACGAGUUCGUCUAUGGGAGCGAGGCCAUCUCGCCCGACUGCACUGACUUGACCUUCGAGUCUUCACCUGGAUUUGACCCCACGCCCACCCCGCCGGGCCUCCUCUGGUCCCAGUACGAGCGUGGCGUGGUGCCAAACGGGGGCGGCAACGGCAACAACGCCAACUCCAACGCCACCACCACCAACGCCAACAACUCGCCCAUCUAUCCUGCCAAUGCUUCCACUAACGCCAACGCCGGGAUGAUUGCUAACCAGCGGCGGGCGGUAGCCAACGGAGUGGGCUGCACCACCCAGCCGCGCCUGUCCCCACCCCUGCACCACGUGGGUGGAGGGAGCCCCACCGAGCACCCGCUGGCCCGCCGUGUACGCAGCGACCCCGGAGGCGGCACCCUGAGCUUCCCCGGCUACCCCGGCAACGCGCUGUCCGCCGGCAUCGCCACCCUCUCGGGCAACCACCUGCCCGGCGUGCCCUCCGACUCCUCGGCCUCCUCCACCUCCAGCUCCUCCAGCUCCUCCUCGGGCACCAGCCGGAAGGGCAGCCGGGACUGCUCGGUGUGUUUCGAGAGCGAGGUCAUCGCCGCGCUGGUGCCCUGCGGCCACAACCUCUUCUGCAUGGAGUGCGCCAACCGCAUCUGUGAGAAAAAUGAGCCCAAAUGCCCCGUCUGCCAUGCAGCUGUUACUCAGGCUAUACGUAUAUUUUCAUAAGUUGUAGUUGCUUAGUUGGCUAUCCAGCAAGCGUUGGCAAGCAGACGGCAAGCAAGACGAAUGAUGAACCACCCUGAACAAAGCGAAAUGAAACAAAAAGAACAAAAAACACUUGUACGGCUUUAUGAAAAACCUAAUAACGUGUUCUUGUAUGUAUAUACAUAUGUGUGUAAAGCUGCAGUAUCCAAAAAGGGACUCCCUUCAGGGCUCCAUCGUAAUUGUUUAUAAUGUACUGUAGCUUGGGACAAUAUUUUCAACAUCUAAUGCAUGUUUUAAAUAUUAAAGCCUAGUAAUCAAUAGUUCUAGUGAAAAUUGUACACAACAUUAAAUGAAGUUAUAACAUGGAGUUAGAUCUUGAUUGAGGUACUAAAAGUCAAUGUUUGAGUUGACUGUUAAACAGAAACUGGCCUUUUAAGUUUCUCUGAUCGAAUGUAUUGGUAGCAGAGCUAGUGGUUGGGACUCUGGAAGGCCUUUGACAAUACAGGAUUACUGACUCCAGUAGAAGGAGAUGAUGAUACUGCAGCUUCAGUGGCGAAGACAGUUGAGGGAGAGCAACAACAUAUCCUGCAUAUAUAUGUAUAGAUAAAAAAAUUCCACAAGUUGAAAGUUUUAAAUAUUAAUUACAUUAAUACAGAUUGAAGUAUUUUAUUCUUUUUUGACUUGAAAGAUUAUAUUUCGUAUUGCAAAGAUGUUUACAAAUAUUUUAAUUUAAGUUCAGUGAACUUUUUUGUAGCUGGGUUAAAAUAUCGUUUAUUUUUUAGUAUGGCCUUAUGGCAGUGAACACUGUAUUAUUUUAAUAUCACACAAGCUGUGGGGAAGAAAUUCAGACCACAAAAUGUGUAUCGCAUUUACCAGUAUUCUGUUGGGAUGGAGGUUUUAUAGGUUCAGCAAAAAAUGUCUUUUAAAUCCGCUUCACCCAGCAUAUUUUUUAUUCAGUAAUAUAAAGCAUAUUUUAUUCUAUAUUAUUACAAAACAUUGAAAUGUAUAAAACUUAGUAAGUCAAACAAAAGGAACCGUUUAUGCUUUCUAAAAUUUGUAUGAAUUAGAUUCCAGUGGGAAUUACAGAGUUCUGUUGCACCACUAUAGUUUAGUAUUUCUAUUUUAAUACAUUUGUUUACCACUUGUUUAUGUAUAUGUAGGUGAAGUUACUUGAGCGUAAAUGUACUUUAUUGAGCAAAGUUUAAAAACAAAGUAUAUUUUAUUUUAUGAUAAAGGGCCUUUAACCUCAUGGUGAAAUACUAAUAUUAUAUUUGCUGAAACAAGAUUUGAAAAUGUAUCAAGAGUUUUAUUUUUCUGACAUUUAAAGUUCUACAUGAUAAAGUAAAACUUAAGUAAUGGUGCUACUUCAUGUUUUUUUAAGUAUUUCUAUAUAAGUCCAAUAAAAUGGUACAUGAAACCAUUGGAGUGCUGCAGUGUUUAAUGGAGCGUCUGCUUGCCUUGUCUUGUGUCUCUCCUCCCUGCGUCAUGUCAUGCUAGAUAAUGCUGCCUCACAUGGCAAGGUCUGUCACUCACACAGGCCUCUUGCAAGUGCCUUGCUCCCAGCCGUUUGAUUCCUAUGGCUCUCCUCGCCUGCUGCCCCCCCUUUCUUUUCAUUAUGUAGUUAUCUCACAAUAGCUCUCUGAAUAACAGAAGGGAACAACAGUCAUCUGUCUUGAACAGGGCCAUGCUUUUAUUCCCCAAGCAAAGCCCCACGCAGGGCUGGAGCGGUGGUAGCUAUCACUUAUUGUGUGCUUUUGCCCAUUUUCUCUUUCAUUCAGCCAGAGUAAAUCGCUGCUUUGGUAUUUUCACCUGCCUGUGCUGUGGGGGAAAUGAGAGGAGGUUAAGUGCAGACUUUGGUGAAAGAAGCAAGUGCUGGUUUGCAUAUUGUGUCCCCUUUUUUCCCUUCUUUUCCAUUUUCUUGUGUUGCUUUCUUUUUGAAAAUUGGCCAAAAAUUCACACCAUAUAGCUGUGAUUAAACUAGCCUCCAUUGUCACCCCUCUUGGACGCUUUAAUGUACAUUUCGGUCACGGGUUCACAGUUUGCGCCUGUUCGAAUUUUUAAAAUUGGGCAGGUCUGGCAGCCAUUUGCAUUUAUAUUAAAUCAGAGUCGCACAGGUUCAGCUGAAUAAUUCCGCCUCUUAUACGUAGCAGCAAUCCCAUCAUGUCAUGUGGCCGACUUGGAAAGAGUGACGGCGAGGCACAUGUCCCAUUGCUAGAUAAUAAAUGUGGGGAAAACAGCC